UUUGUUUUUUCUUUUUCGACUAUUAACAUAAAAAAAAAACAGAGCUAGGGUUUACAUCUGUUCUCCCGUCUCUUCCUUAUACCUCGGAAUUCGCCGGCUAGUGUUCAUCCUCCAAGAAUCUGUCAUCUCCACAGAGUGUGAAUUUUUUUUGGGGGAGCAAUGAGUAAACGAAAACGACCAGAGCCGAAACUAACGGGACGUGAUCCGAACGAAGCGCACGAGAAGAAGCUUCUCGAUUUUAUCAGAAGCAAGCAAGGAACUGGAGCAACCAUGUACGAGCUGAAAGCAGAUAAAACCAUCCCACCGACUAUGUUUACACGACUGGUCAAUUCCCUCAAGAAGAAGGGUCUCAUCAAAGACGUACCAACCAUGAACAACAAAGGUCAUAAACAUUUCUUAGCUAUGGAGUUUGAGCCUGAUAAAGAACUCACUGGUGGGGAAUGGUACACUGAUGGUACCCUUGACGUUUCCAAGAUCGAAGAUUUGAAAGCCAAGUGUGUUAUGAUUUUGGAGAGGCAUAGGCAUAGGGUUGUUACUUUGGAUGUUAUGUGUGCUUAUUUUGUUAAAGAGGAGAAGUUGAGUGAGGACCAGACUAAGGAGAUUCUCAAGAAUUUAGUUUUGGAUAAUCUGAUCAUUGAGGUGAAGAGCACUGGAAUGAACGAGUUUGCUUCUACCAGGAUUGGAGAAGUUUGCUACAGGUUGACUGGGAAAAAAUCUGGUAAUGGUGAGGCUAGAGCUGGAGCUUUCGCUUCGAUUCCUUGUGGUGCUUGUCCUCAUAUUGGGCUUUGUUCACCUGGUGGUGCUAUCUCCCCUACUACAUGUGUUUAUUUUCAGAAAUGGCUAGACUUUUAGCUUUCUCUCUUUUUCUUGGGGAUUAAUAAUAAUACUUAAUUAAGAUGUUACAAUUGAUGAUGUUUUGUUUUUACAUAAUGGAAUGCAAUUUGAUAUCUCUAUAAA